UUGGCAUCGGACUGGAAAACAAAUCGAAGUUUAUUUUCCUGCGAUUCCAGAAUAAGACGGAGAGACGGAACGAAAGGGCUAUAUUUACUUCUCGUGAUCUCGUGUCGUAGCCAAAAUGUACAACCUCCAUCGGGACGGAUCGGAACUUUUUUCCACCUAUUCUCGUCCCUCGACAAUGGCUGGCGGUGGCGGCAGUGCCGCCGCCAGAUCGCGGACACAACCUGCAAGAGGGCGGCAGCAGACGACAGCCUCGCUGCCGUUGGACGUGCUGCUGGACAUCGCGACGCGCACCGACCCGGCCACCUACGUGCGCUGUGCCGCCACUUGCGUGGACAUGCGCUGCCGCGUCAAGGAACACAUCAGCCUCUGUGGCCCCCUCCGCCUCCAGCACGGCGACCGCUUCGUGCUCCCCCUCCUGCGCGGCCACCUGAUCCGCGGGCAUCAGUACGACGACCGCGGGCGCUAUCCCAAGAAGGAGCUGUUCCUAGUGGACACCGCCGCUGCGGACGACACCACAAUGCACAGGGCCACCACCAUCAGCAGCUUCCCGCUCGCGUCGCGCGAUGGCCUCGUCCUCUUCCGCGUUGACAAAGAGCUCCGCGUUUGCGACCAGGCCACGGGCAGCACCCACACCCUGCCACCUGAACCAGCCUUCCCUGUGCGUGUGAGCCGUGGGGCGGCUAGAGAGAUAAGUUAUGUCUUGCUCGUCGGCGGCCAUAACGAUGAUGGUACGAUCGCCGCUGGCUCGCAUUUUCAAGUGGUCAUGGCAUAUCUAGACGUGUCACAGCACCGCCGCUGCCUACAGCUCCAAACUUUCUCGUCGGAGCAUGGCACGUGGGGCCACUACACUGAGAUCCGGGCUCACAACCUGCAGGGCAGCCGCUUGGCAGGAGGCCUCGGCAGGACCCUAAUCGUCGGUGGUGCUAUGCACUGGUUGUGCACGACCAACACCGGGGCCUAUGUCCUCAAGCUCCAUGUCAAAACGGCACACGUGUCGGCGAUGCUGCUCCCCGAUAGCUUUCCUCGGGGUGGGUCACACUUCUCGGCUUCAGUUUGUGAUUGUUCAACAACUAUGGAUCACUAG